AUGCUUAUAAGAGUUUUCAGCUAUCUAGGAACACCGACUGGAGAAUAUACCACAAAGACAGGGUAUAAAGUGGCAAUUAAAAUCAAAGAAGAGGAGAACAUCAUAGGGGGAGACCACCCAGAGCUAGACUGGUUCAAGAGUGUUUGGAAGAUCCUUACGUCACCAAAAGUCAAGCUUUUCUUAUGGAAAGUUUUCCAAAAUGCCAUUCCGGUUGGAGAAUUGCUUGCAAUCAGAAACAUCAAUGUUGAUACCUGUUGCAAGAGAUGCGGUACAUUAGAAUCUAUAAAUCAUCUCUUUUUUCACUGCCCUUAUGCUAGGAAUGUCUGGAGAGCAGUCCCAGUGUCUCCGGGGGUGGAACUGAGUGGAUCAAUAGAUUUACGUGAUGUUUGGACGAACUUAGUUGAAAGAACUUGCCUACCGCCUACAGGGCUAGCAGCUGGUCAUCUGGCGCCAUGGAUUUUAUGGCAACUCUGGAUAUCCAGGAACAGCCUAUGUUUUAAGGAUAAGGAAAUCUCAGUGGAGGAAACGGUUACAAAAGCCCUGAAGAUGGCAAAGGAAUGGAAUGAUGCUCAAGAAAAGCAAAUAAAACCUAAACAACGUGUAAUAGCUCGACAGCCUCCUCCACCAGACUGUGAUCUUGUGAGAUCAGAUGCUGCAUGGCGUGCUACAACCCAGAUGGCGGGGCUAGGAUGGACUAUUUCAAAGCAAACGGCAGUUACGUCGAGGUAUCGGGCAGCGUUCACGGUGAAUUCAGCCCUUGUAGCAGAAGGAUUGGCGAUGAGACAGGCGAUGAAGGAGUGCAAAGAACAGGGGAGCAAGAGAUUGAUCUGUGAAUCAGAUUCCGCUCAGCUUAUCAAAGCCCUCAAUGGAGGAGAAGUGCCUUUGGAGCUUUACGGCAUUGUGGCCGACAUUCACAACUACUCUGUUCAUUUUGAUGUUAUCUUUUUCCAAUGGAUUUCUAGAGAUAAGAACACUGUUGCUGACUUGUUGGCAAAACAGGGACUUGUAGAGGGUGAAGUCUUAAUGGCUAGCACCUAA